AAUUAAAAAAAAAAAAAAUAAAAAAAAAAAAAAUAAAUAAAAAAUAAAAAACACAUAAAAUCGGGAAAAAAGGGAAAAAAAAAUUCCCUCAAGAUCCUGAACUGGGGUAUAAAAGGAGUUGUUCUACAAGGAGUAGGACAUUGUGUCUGACAGUUGUGCCGUCAGUACGUGUGUGUGUGUGAUUUCGGCGUAUUGGUUUUGGAUCAUCUUUAUCAACAUCAAGAAUCUCAUCACUCUGCAUUCAACAUGCAUGCUUCCAACAUUCAAGUCGUGCUCUGCCUCAUGAUGGCUCUUGGAGCCUAUUCACUGGAUCCAAAGUAUAGGAGUGAAGACUUUCUAGCAUCCAGGGAGCAUGGACUGGAUACAUACAACAUUUUCCACAUCAGGCAAUGUCUGAUGUCAUCCAACAAGUUCAACCACGACCUUGCAACAAUGUACAAUGAUGUCAGCAACUGGUACUUAAAAAUCGCAGGAGAGCAUGAAGUGGGGAAGGAACUGUGUCACAAAAUCCACUGCGCAUAUGAUCUGCGUAACUGUCUCCACCCAUCAUUCACAUCGCUGGAUUUCCUUGAAGCAGUUAUUACAAAGUCAGUCGAGGUGUGCUCAUCCUACUGUCAACAUGGGCUGUCAACAACAUCUACAUCCAGUACUUCAAUCAGCAAUUGUGCCAGCAGACCCUGAAUCACCAUGUCCUUGUGGUGAUUGCAUUUUUGUCAUGAGUGCAAGGUGGAGUGUUGAGCCACUAUUCAACAUUGGAAAAGGAUAUUAUGAUCCUUUUGGAACUUUCGAGAAUUUUGCUGAUAUGAUUUCUUCAACAUUCCCAACAGCUACACUUCAUCCUUGUCACAAUAGACAGAUGAUGAUUCUGAACUUUCCUUAUAGCUAUGCAUUUUGUGAAAUGUGUACUAAUUUAGGACCAUUAUUUGACUAUGUGCUGUUAAACCUCGAUGAUUGAGAUGUUAUUUAUAUAUGUCUGAUAAUAUUCUUUGUAUCCAAUGUGUACUAGAGUAUGACUACAAUAUAAUCGUAUCAAAUCAA